UCAAUUUCUGUGAUUGGACCCCUGGUUUUAAUGUCUAUGGAUUGGAUUCAUCCGCAAAUGUCUCACACUCCGUGCGCAGGUGGACGAACGGGGACCGGACUAGCGAGCGAGCAUGGGGAGAGAACUCAACCGUUACAGGACAGGAAGAGCCGCUCAAAUAGAAAUAGAGGACAUUUUCAAGCUGUCAUAAGCCGCAAGUAUCUACCCUAACGGGGGAAUCACCGCAGAACAACAGACGUGGUUUUUAAUAUCUUCCUCCGGUGACAAUUUCAACAUCGAGAAGGCAUUCAUCUCGGCGUACAUCAAACUACACUCACGAUUCCGACAGUUAAAAUUAAUGUCGCCUUCCAGAAUGGACUUCGUAUGCCUUUACUUUCUCCAGAUGGUCCUUAUUGGGCUACCCCUAUUUGUGUCUGCGGGGAGGGACAGAGACUGUCUACAGGCUGGGGACACCUGCUCCAGUGAUGACGCGUGCAGCCCUCGUCUGCGGACGCUGAGACAGUGUGUGGCGGGGGACGGCAGUGUGAAGCUGGGCCCUGGGGCCAGGAACCAGUGUGAGAACGCAGUCACGGCCCUGCUGUCCUCCCCGCUGCACGGCUGCCAGUGUAAACGAGGCAUGAAGAGAGAGAAGAACUGCCUCAGUAUCUAUUGGAGCCUGCACCAGUCUGUCCUGCAUGGACUGAGUCUGGUGGAGAGUUACCCGUACGAACCAGAGGAGAGGGGCUUCGACUACGUACGCCUGGCCUCCAUCGCUGCAGUAGAUGAGGUGGGCAUAACGACGGUGAACCGUUGUCUGGACGCGGCGAAGGCGUGUAACGUGGACGAGACGUGUCAGAAGCUCCGUACGGAAUACGUCUCGGCCUGCAUCCAGCCGUCGGCCCACUCAGGCCCCUGUAACAGAGCCAGGUGUAACAAGGCUCUCAGGAAGUUCUUCGACCGGGUCCCUCCUGACUACACCCACCAGCUGCUGUUCUGCCCCUGCACAGACAUGGCGUGCGCUGAGAGACGGAGACAGACCAUCAUACCAGCCUGCUCCUACGAGGACCAAGACAAACCCAACUGUCUGGCUGCACUGCGCAUCUGUAGGAACGACUACGUAUGCAGGUCCCGCUGGGCCCAGUUCCAGUAUGACUGCCAGCCCUCAGAGCACGUUGCCAGCGGUUGCAAGCAGGACAACUACGCAGUCUGUCUCCUUGCCUAUACCGGCCUCAUAGGCAGUACGAUAACGCCUAACUACCUGGAUAACUCGACGUCUAAUGUGGGUCCGUGGUGUUCGUGCUCUGCCUCUGGGAACCACCGGGAGCAGUGCGAUGACUUCCUGGAAUAUUUCCAUGACAACAUCUGCCUGA